AUGUCGCGACCAGAAUCGCCCUCUUCUCCCGGUCCAUCGACCACCUCACCCUCCAAGUCUGGCUCCAAGUCUCAACGCGGCGUCUCCAUCUUCCCCACAGCCAGAGUUGCGCGCAUCAUCAAGGCGGAUCGCGACGUGGACAUCUGCUCUAAAGAAGCCACCUUUCUCAUCAGCAUCGCCACCGAGAUCUUCGUCAAGAAGCUCACAGACGAAGCCUACACAAAUGCAAAGCUCGAUAAGCGCAAGCACGUUUUUUACAAGGACCUCUCGCGCGCAGUACAGCAGAACGAGUUUCUUGAAUUCCUCAAGGACGCCAUCCCCACACCCAUGGCGCUAUCAUCAGCACUCGAGGCAAGACAGGACAAGAUGCAACAGAAACAGACUGAGGAGAACAUGAUUUUGGAAGGAACGCUUCAGGAUGAAGAGGAGGAGGAAGAGGAGGAAGAGGAGGAAGAGGAGGAGGAGGAAGAAGAAGGAGAUGAGGCAGAGGCAGAGGGAGGUGACGAAGGCGAGGACGAGGAAGAAGCUACGGAGGAAGAAGAACAAGGCGAGCCCGCAGACGACGAAGAUUCAGAGCAGCAGCUGCCCGCAAAACCGUCCAAGAAAGCGCCGUCCAAGAAGACAAAGUCAAACCCCCAGUCCGCCGCCGAAGCACAGAACGACGAGGACGAGCAAAUGGAGCAGGACGACGACUAG